GCGGCGGCGGAGGAGGAGCAGUACCCGGCGGCAGCUGGCAGCCUCGGCAGCCCGGCUCGGCUUCCCUUCGCCCUCCGAGGCUCCGCAGCCACCGCGGGCGCCCGACCCCGCGUCCCGCCCGGGGCAUGGCCCGGCGCCUGGCCCCCGCGCGCCCCGCUUGCUGAGCCGCGCCGUAGGAGGUGCGGAGGCCGGGAGGCCGGGGGAGGCCGGUGGGAGAACAGAGUCGAGAGCCUCGCGAGCCGAGAAAGGAGCCCGCGCCCCGCGCCCCGUCCCUGCCGCGCUCGCCCGGGCCGCCCGGAGCCCCGAUGAGCCCAGAUGGCCGGGGCUCAGCCCGGAGUGCAUGCUUUGCAACUCAAGCCCGUGUGCGUGUCCGACAGCCUCAAGAAGGGCACCAAAUUCGUCAAGUGGGAUGAUGACUCCGCUAUUGUGACUCCAAUUAUUUUGAGGACUGACCCUCAGGGAUUUUUCUUUUACUGGACCGAUCAAAAUAAGGAGACGGAGCUGUUAGAUCUCAGCCUUGUCAAGGAUGCCAGAUGUGGGAAGCAUGCCAAAGCUCCCAAGGACCCCAAAUUACGUGAACUUUUGGAUGUGGGGAACAUCGGGCGCCUGGAGCAUCGCAUGAUAACGGUGGUAUAUGGGCCUGACUUGGUUAACAUCUCCCAUUUGAAUCUCGUGGCUUUCCAAGAAGAAGUGGCCAAGGAAUGGACAAAUGAGGUUUUCAGUUUGGCAACAAACCUGCUGGCCCAAAACAUGUCAAGAGAUGCAUUUCUGGAAAAAGCCUAUACUAAGCUUAAGCUGCAAGUCACUCCAGAAGGGCGCAUUCCUCUCAAAAACAUAUACCGCUUGUUCUCAGCAGACCGGAAGCGAGUUGAAACUGCUUUAGAGGCUUGUAGUCUUCCAUCUUCAAGGAACGAUUCAAUACCUCAAGAAGAUUUCACUCCAGAAGUGUACAGAGUUUUCCUGAACAACCUUUGCCCUCGACCUGAAAUUGAUAACAUCUUUUCCGAAUUUGGUGCCAAAAGCAAACCAUACCUUACCGUCGAUCAGAUGAUGGACUUUAUCAACCUUAAGCAGCGAGAUCCCCGGCUAAAUGAAAUACUUUACCCACCUUUAAAACAAGAACAAGUCCAAGUACUGAUUGAGAAGUAUGAACCCAACAAUAGCCUUGCCAAAAAAGGACAGAUAUCAGUGGAUGGCUUUAUGCGCUAUCUGAGUGGAGAAGAAAAUGGAGUCGUUUCGCCUGAGAAACUGGAUUUGAAUGAAGAUAUGUCUCAGCCCCUUUCUCACUAUUUCAUCAAUUCCUCACACAACACCUACCUCACAGCUGGCCAGUUGGCUGGAAACUCCUCUGUCGAGAUGUAUCGCCAAGUGCUCCUGUCUGGUUGUCGCUGUGUGGAGUUGGACUGCUGGAAGGGACGGACUGCUGAAGAGGAACCAGUCAUCACCCAUGGGUUCACCAUGACAACCGAAAUAUCCUUCAAGGAAGUGAUAGAAGCAAUUGCUGAGUGUGCAUUUAAGACGUCACCUUUUCCAAUUCUGCUUUCAUUUGAGAACCACGUAGAUUCCCCAAAGCAGCAAGCCAAGAUGGCGGAGUAUUGCCGACUGAUCUUUGGAGACGCGCUUCUCAUGGAACCACUGGAAAAAUACCCACUGGAAUCUGGAGUUCCUCUUCCAAGCCCCAUGGACUUAAUGCACAAAAUUUUGGUGAAAAAUAAGAAGAAAUCGCACAAGUCAUCGGAAGGAAGUGGCAAAAAGAAGCUCUCAGAACAAGCUUCCAACACGUACAGCGACUCCUCCAGCGUGUUCGAGUCCUCAUCUCCAGGAGCUGGGGAAGCUGAUACCGAGAGUGAUGACGAUGAUGAUGAUGAUGACUGUAAAAAAUCUUCAAUGGAUGAGGGGACUGCGGGGAGCGAGGCCAUGGCCACCGAAGAGAUGUCUAACCUGGUGAACUAUAUUCAGCCGGUCAAGUUUGAGUCAUUUGAAAUUUCAAAAAAAAGAAACAAAAGUUUUGAAAUGUCUUCCUUCGUGGAAACCAAAGGCCUCGAGCAACUGACGAAGUCUCCAGUGGAAUUUGUAGAAUAUAACAAAAUGCAGCUUAGCAGAAUAUAUCCAAAAGGAACCCGUGUGGAUUCAUCUAACUACAUGCCUCAGCUCUUCUGGAAUGCGGGUUGCCAAAUGGUUGCACUUAAUUUUCAAACUGUGGACCUGGCUAUGCAAAUAAAUAUGGGGAUGUACGAAUACAAUGGGAAAAGUGGCUACAGAUUAAAGCCAGAGUUCAUGAGGAGACCUGACAAGCAUUUUGAUCCAUUCACCGAAGGCAUCGUGGAUGGGAUAGUAGCCAAUACUUUAUCUGUCAAGAUUAUUUCAGGUCAGUUUCUUUCUGAUAAGAAAGUCGGGACUUACGUGGAAGUGGAUAUGUUUGGUUUGCCUGUGGACACGAGGAGGAAGGCAUUUAAGACCAAGACAUCACAAGGAAAUGCUGUAAAUCCUGUCUGGGAAGAAGAGCCCAUUGUCUUCAAAAAGGUGGUUCUUCCUUCUCUGGCCUGUCUGAGGAUAGCAGUUUAUGAAGAAGGAGGUAAAUUCAUCGGUCACCGGAUCUUGCCAGUACAGGCAAUUCGGCCAGGCUAUCACUACAUCUGUCUGAGGAAUGAGAGGAACCAGCCUCUGAUGCUCCCAGCUGUCUUUGUCUACAUAGAGGUGAAAGACUAUGUCCCAGAUACAUAUGCAGAUGUGAUUGAAGCUUUGUCAAAUCCAAUACGAUAUGUGAAUCUGAUGGAACAAAGAGCUAAACAAUUGGCUGCAUUGACACUGGAAGAUGAAGAAGAAGUAAAGAAAGAGACUGAUCCUGGGGAAACACCGUCAGAAGCUCCAAGUGAAGCCAGGACAACUCCAGCAGAAAACGGAGUGAAUCACACUACAUCCCUGGCACCCAAACCACCCUCCCAGGCUCUCCACAGCCAACCAGCUCCAGGUUCUGUAAAGGCACCUGCCAAAACAGAAGAUCUUAUUCAGAGUGUUUUAACAGAAGUGGAAGCCCAGACCAUCGAAGAGCUAAAGCAGCAGAAAUCGUUUGUGAAACUUCAAAAGAAGCACUACAAAGAAAUGAAAGACCUGGUUAAAAGACACCACAAGAAAACCACUGACCUAAUCAAAGAACACACUACAAAGUAUAAUGAGAUUCAGAAUGACUACUUUAGAAGGAGGGCAGCUUUGGAAAAGACAGCCAAAAAGGACAGUAAGAAAAAAUCAGAUCCCAGCAGUCCUGACCAUGGUUCAUCAACGAUUGAGCAAGAUCUUGCUGCCCUAGAUGCCGAAAUGACCCAAAAGCUAAUAGACUUGAAGGACAAACAACAGCAGCAGCUGCUUAAUCUUCGACAAGAGCAGUAUUAUAGUGAAAAAUACCAGAAGCGAGAACAUAUUAAACUGCUUAUUCAAAAAUUGACGGAUGUUGCUGAAGAAUGUCAGAACAAUCAGCUGAAGAAGCUCAAAGAAAUCUGUGAGAAAGAGAAGAAGGAAUUAAAGAAGAAAAUGGACAAAAAAAGGCAGGAGAAGAUAACAGAGGCUAAAUCCAAAGACAAAAGUCAAAUGGAAGAGGAAAAGACAGAGAUGAUCCGGUCAUACAUCCAAGAGGUGGUGCAGUACAUCAAGAGGUUAGAAGAGGCCCAAAGUAAACGGCAAGAAAAACUUGUAGAGAAACACAAGGAGAUACGUCAGCAGAUCCUGGACGAAAAGCCCAAGCUGCAGAUGGACCUGGAGCAAGAGUAUCAAGACAAGUUCAAAAGACUGCCCCUGGAGAUCUUGGAGUUUGUGCAGGAAGCCAUGAAAGGGAAGAUCAGCGAAGACAGCAAUCACAGUUCUGCCCCUCCCUCCCUGGCCUCGGAGCCUGGAAAAAUGAACCACAAGCCUCCCUCCAGUGAGGAGCUAGAAGGAGACAACCCAGGAAAAGAGUUUGAUACUCCUCUGUGAUUGUUCCUGCCAGGCCUUCAAAGCAUGCAUGGCCACUUCAUCGGACUCUCUCUUACUACAAAAAUCACUGCCCAGGAGCAUCUUCCUGAGAAGUAUCCCUUAGCCUAAAAUCUGCACCAAAGGGAGAGUUCUAGAAGGAUCCAUGCAAACAUCCUCAUGCCCAGGCUCCAUGCAUUAUGUGGACACUACUGCAGGUCUGCUUGCGGAGAGUGCAUGUAUGUGGGAUUUUUGUUUUCUUUCCAAUAGUAAAUUCAAAGCAGGCAACUUCCAGGCUCCAUGGGACAUUUAAUGAAGGACAGUGUCUUUUUUGAAGAAAAUCAAGCUCAUGUUUUUAUUUGAAGCUCUGGUGUAAAGUAUUUCAAAGUAAUAGAAAUAGUUUGAGAAACGCAUAGCAUUAUUUAACACUAUCAAACAGCCAACUUUGAGGAUUCGUUUUCCUAACUGCCCCUCAACUACCAUAUCUUCAAGUUAACGUGCAUAUUAAAUUGUUUUAUCCUUUGCUUUGCAAGCACUGGUGGCUUGCAGUUUGCUAAUUUAUUUAUCAUAGAGGCAUCAAUGUAUUUGUUGCUGACAUGGCUUUAUUAGAUACCAUAGUGAUUCAACUAAGUUGGUUUUCUUUCUUGAAAAAAAGUCACUUGAUUGUAUCCUUGCCCAGUGAAGCUAUCCCAAGACUUAGCCAUAUGGCUCAUACAUUUGGUUGCUUGAGCAAAUUGGCCACACAGUUCCAGGCCCACUGUGCUUUCUGAGUUGACUAUUUGCACUCAAAGUCUGGGUAUUUAUUGGUUGUUGGCCUGAAAUUAUUAAAUAACUACGAAGAGUCUGUCUGGUUGAAUAAAAAUAGUUAAGCUGAUGGAUGUUGAGCAGAGAUUCAAUCAGAGUGAACAGGUUCCAGUGGUUAUUUCGCUGUCUCACAUUUUUUAUGGUUCAUUUAUUUUUACUAUAGAGAUAAAGAUUGAGUAUUUAUCUAGAGAAUACACAGACCCACAUAUAAAUGAUAUAUAGUAUCCCCAUGUAUAUAUGUACACACACAGCCAUGUAAG